CCUGCUGAUUUAAAAGAAGAAGCAAAAGUAAACAACAUAUUUUAAAGUUUGUUACCGGUUAGUUUACAAAAAUUUGGGUAAUUUAAAAUGCAAAUAGAUUCCAGCAGCAGCUCAAUGACCCAAAAGAUGCAGGAUCAAGCUGCAAAUCAGGCGCGAAUAACACAGAUUGAAGAGUUUAUCAAUGAAGUCCUAAAAGAGGAUCUUCGCCAGCUCGAAAAGUGCAUCAAUGAGUUCAAUGAGGAGAUUAUGGAGUAUGUGCAACUGAAGAACACCCUCCAGACCUUCGACACUCAUUUACCGGAGGGGUAUAAAACGCAGGUGAACAUCGGGAGCAACAUUUUUAUGCAGGCUCGUGUUCGAAAUAUGGAUAGCAUUCUGGUCAACGUGGGCAAGGAUAUUUACUUGGAAAUGUCCAUUCCAGAGGCAGAACGCUUCAGCGACACCCGUGUCAAGAUCCUUACUAAGCAGUCCGAUGUCCUGCGCGAGGAGAGCAUCAAGAAAAGGACCCAAAUCAAAAUGGCUCUGAUAGCAAUAAGUGAAAGAGCCAAACUAAUUCAACAAGAUGAGGGGAAAUAGGGGUAUAACCAAAACUAUAUAAUCUUUGAGAUAUAAAAAUGUUGAACCUUUGUUUUAAAAUUUAAAAAAUAUGUGUAAUAAAUAACAAUUACCUUUAAACGCAUAAAGGCUAACUUAAAA